GUUGGCCUCAGCUCUGCUGGAAACCACAGCCUGGGGCUUGCUGGGGUUGGUGUCUGUUGCUGAAGUCCUGGGGGAGAGGAAAGGCUUGCCACCAUGGGCCCCCAAUGUCGGGUUCGCUUUGCUAAGUGCCAGCUGCUGGCCACCUGCUUCUUCACCCUGCUCCUGGGCCUGUCCAUGGGCUUCCUGACCAUCCUCACCCGAUUCGGGGACCGCUUUGUCAUCAUCCACACCAUCUCCCCAGAGGACGACCCCUAUGGGUCCAUGUACCACUGGGCUUUCUCCCUGGGCAUCUUCCUGACCUCGAUGCUGAUCCUGGGGGUUAUGCUGAGCAUCCUAGGUGUGGUGCGGGAAGCCAAGGGCCUCAUGGCUGGGGGCUUCCUUUCCUUCACCUUGGUGUUCUUCGUGGCAGUGCAGGUGACCUUCUGGAGAUACCGGGAGCCGUCCAAGGUGGAGAACACCAUGCUCGACACCUACGACCUGGCUUACGAACAGGCAAUGAGGAACGUCUCCGACAUCUGGCGGCAGAAGCUCGUGGCCAUCCAUGACACGCUUGGCUGCUGUGGAAAGAGCUCACCUCUCAGUGGGCUUGGACAGGAGGAAAGGGCCUUGUGUAGGGGAGUCCGGCAGAGAGAGGCAAGAACUGUCACACACGGCCCCCCCAGGGAGAGAGCACGAGGACAGUCCCCAUUUUACAGAUGAGGAAACUGAGACUCCAAGGCAUUCGGUGACUCGCCCAGGGCCGGGCAGUGAGUAAGGAAGGGAGCCGGGUCUCCUGACACUGCCUGACUGGCCACGUACUGGAGUGGAUGGACGCCCGGGAGGCUCCCUGGCUCCGGCCUGGCUGCCCUCUCAGUCCCAGGUUCUCUGGGCUCAGAGCCCUACAGUCUCAGAGGCCGGCCGGUCCAGCCUAUACUUGAACCGGGGUCCUCUCUCCAGCACCCCUUGCCAAGGGGCAGCCACUCCCGGCCGGGCCACUCGGCCCUUCUACCUGAUAAAGUCUGCCUCUCUGCCCCUUUCCUGCCCCUCCCCUUGCUCCCUCUCCCUGGGGCCAAGAGAACAAGGCUCACCCCCCUACCCAGGACAGGCCUGCUCCCUACCCCCUGCCCCCCACGUAAGGCUCAAGCUUUUCCUCUGACUGAUGCUCCUCUGGCAGGAUCUCCUUAGCAUCCUAGCUGCCCCACCCCACCCCCCAAAGGGCCUCCAGAAUCAGCAGGGCCUUCUCUGCCCUCAUGGGAACUGUGUGUUAUGGUGACCUAAUGCCCCGUCAGUGCCUGGCACGUCUCAGCCAGCCAGCAGCCCCAAGUGCCCGGGCCCAGCUGAGGCGGGUUGCUGAGGGUGCAGCUGCAGGGCUGGCGCCGCGAGGACCCCUUUCCGGAGUGCAAGUCUUGGGUCCUGGGCCAGGGACUGGGACUAGGGGAGCGGGGGUGGGGAGGGCAGGGGGCACCACUCUUCCGACAAGGUGGGGAUGUGGGCCAGGUUCU